UCGGACUCGUUUCCUUUCCAAACUCGCCUCUCCAGCGGAGGAGUUCAAAUAAGGAUCGAAAGAAGAAGAAAGACGAAAUCGAUCCCUUUCUUUUUAAGCAAGAAGAAGACGAAUAAAAAUAAACUAAAGUAAGAGGAAAUCUCUCUGUGUUUGGGACAAGAAUUCGGUGAAAGAAGACCGAGAAAGAAGAGAACAAUCAUCCGGUGCAGUUGCUUGUACGAUUUUAGAGUGUCGCGGAGCAGGAGUUGCGUGCUUUGGGUAAUUAAGCAGUGUAUUGGAGAUGGCCGAUAACAAAGAAAACACCUCCAAGAAUCCAGAUACCAUUGGUCUACAAAAACAAUGGGAUGAGGUUCUGUGCCCCAUCUGCAUGGAUCAUCCUCACAAUGCUGUGGUUCUCAUAUGCACUUCAUAUGAAAAAGGUUGCAGAUCUUACAUUUGUGAUACAAGUUACAGGCAUUCAAAUUGCCUCGAUCAAUUCAGAAAAUUGAGAAUGAGCUCUAGUGACAGCCCAUCUGGUUCCACCUCUACCAUCCUUGAGAAUGUUGAUUCAGGGAGAUCUCGCUUGGGCUCUCCUUACACCCUAGAAUCUGCUUCCUUUCCUGGCGCCCUAGGGACAAGAACAGACAUAGAGACCCAUGGUGGUUACAGUUUUAAUGAUAGAACGACUACUGGUUUAGUCGAAGACUUAGACAACACUGGGGAUAGACAAGCACAAGAUAGAUAUUUAGCAUCUCAGGUAGAAGCAAAUGUUAGUUUUGAUGAAUCUGGUGGUGGUAAUGCACCAGAAGACAAUUGCUUGAAGUGCCCUCUCUGCCGGGGUGUUGUACUGGGUUGGAUGAUUGUUAAAGAAGCUAGACAGUAUCUGGACCAGAAGCUAAGAAGCUGCUCCAGGGAAUCAUGCUCAUAUUCUGGAAACUACCAGGAGCUUCGUAUACAUGCCAGGAGAAUCCAUCCAACGACAAGGCCUGCUGAGGUUGAUCCAUCAAGGCAACGUGCUUGGCGCCACCUAGAACACCAGCAGGAGUAUAGUGACAUCCUCAGUGCCAUCAGAUCAGCAUUGCCAGGGUCAGUUGUAUUUGGGGAUUAUGUUAUCAAUGAUGGGGAGAACCUGUCAGGUGAUCGGAAUGCACCGUGGUGGCCUACGCUUCUGCUGCUUCACAUGAUCAGUGGUCCAAUAGGUUCAUCAUUUGAUGAACGGAGAAGCUCUUCAAGGGCUGGGAGGGCUCGUCGGCGCUCCUCAACACGCCGCUACUUAUGGGGUGAGAACUUGUUAGGCCUACAAGAGGAUGAUGGUUGGAACUCAGAUGACAACAUCCUGAUAUCAAGGAGGCGUAGGAGGAUAAUGAGAUCAAGACGGGAUGAGGAACAGCAGCCAUGAGGUUAUUUGCUUUUCAGCUGUUUCUGGUGUUCUAUGAAUUCUUUUGCUUGCUUCUUCUUCUUCUUCUCCACUAAGGAUCGGCUUUGCAAUACUGUUCCAGUUGUUUACACUGCAUUUAGUCUCUACUGAUGCCACUCAGAUCAUGAUAUCGGGAAUCUUGGUAGCAGUUUCGGAUUUGUGGACUCUUCACAAAAGCAUUAUUUGCUGACAAAGUGGCUAUCAUUGUUGAUCAUUUGUGACCAAACCUAAUGAUAUCAGCUAUUUCAAGCCUCCUAUAUGUUAAAAUUGGUCACAGACAAAAUUGUAUCUCAGGUUAGAUAUGCCUUUUCUAGCGGUCAUAAUCAUGUGUAGCAAAACUUUAUUUUUUACUGUAUAACUAAUGCAAUUCCAAAAUUAUAACAAUGUCGGUUGAUCUUGGAUUUGUA